CAGUACUCAAUUGUUUCUGCAGCCAUUGAGAAAUACUGUGUGAGCUGCGAUUGGUCACAGCUUGUCACAUGGUACAAGGCUGUUGUGAAUAGCCUUGUACCAUGUGACCUCUGUGAUCAUUCACGGAUUUCACAAGGGCGGACUGACCAUUUAGAAACUCGGGCACUGCCCGAGGGCCCGGGGUCAGUAGGGGGCCCCAUGAGAUGCUCCUGGUACCUAUUUCAUAGGCUUUUUUGAGUUUGGGCAAGGAUACAGGGGCCCCAUGAUCCCCUAUUGCCCGGGGGGCCCCAUGA